GGUUUGAGCGUGUGAGUAUGAUGGUGAUCCUGCUGAACUGUGUGACGUUGGGGAUGUACCAGCCCUGCGAGAACAUCGACUGCUCCUCGGACCGCUGCCAGAUCCUGCAGGCAUUCGACGCCUUCAUAUACAUCUUCUUUGCACUGGAGAUGGUGGUGAAGAUCGUGGCUCUGGGGAUCUUCGGCCAGCGCUGUUAUCUGGGCGACACCUGGAACAGACUGGACUUCUUCAUUGUGAUGGCCGGGGUGGUGGAGUAUUCGCUGGACCUGCAGAACAUCAACCUGACGGCCAUCCGGACAGUGAGAGUCCUGCGACCGCUCAAAGCCAUCAACAGAGUCCCCAGCAUGAGGAUCCUGGUGAAUCUGCUGUUGGACACACUGCCGAUGUUGGGGAACGUUCUUCUGCUCUGCUUCUUCGUCUUCUUCAUCUUCGGCAUCAUCGGUGUUCAGUUGUGGGCGGGGCUUCUGCGCAACCGCUGCUACCCGGAGGAGAACUUCACCCUCUCUACAGGUGUGGCACUACCCGCCCCGUAUUACUCUCCCGACGAGGAAGACGAGCGGCCCUUCAUCUGCUCUCUGCCUCAGGAUAACGGGAUCAUGUCGUGUGGAGACGUUCCAGCUCGCCGUGUUUCGGGACACCAGUGCUGUCUGGACGUGGAGGAUCUCCUGCAUCAUCAGGCUCUGGGUCUCGUGACCGAACCCUUCAUCAACGCCAGCGCCUUCGUACCCGGACUCUGCGUCAACUGGAACCGCUACUACACACACUGCCACACUGGACACAGGAACCCGCACAAAGGAGCCAUCAACUUCGACAACAUCGGAUACGCCUGGAUCGUUAUUUUUCAGGUUAUUACUCUGGAGGGCUGGGUGGAAAUCAUGUAUUACGUCAUGGACGCUCACUCAUUCUACAACUUCAUCUAUUUUAUUCUGCUGAUUAUUGUGGGCUCUUUCUUCAUGAUAAACCUGUGUCUGGUCGUCAUAGCGACUCAGUUCUCGGAGACGAAGCAGCGCGAGCACCAGCUGAUGCAGGAGCAGCGAGACGCCUGUCUGUCCUCCAGCACACUGGCCUCGCGGGCCGAACCCGGCGACUGCUACGAGGAGCUCUUCCAGCUCGUCUGCCACGUGCUCCGCAAGACUCGCCGCCGCCUCGCCGCGCUCCUCAGAGCGCUCUGCCGAACACACACACUGCAGAAAACACACGCCAACGGAGGGAGAAACAGCCUCCAGCCACAGGGGGUCUCUGAGCACUUCUCUCACUGCACCACAGAUGGAGCCACACCUCCCGCAUCAGCAGCCAAUCAGGAGACAGAGGAGGAGGCAGCAGAGGAGAAGGGGGUGUGUCGGGGGUGGAGCCAAGAGCUGUGGGCGGAGACGAGGGUCAAACUGUGGGGCAUCGUGGAGAGUAAAUACUUCAACAGAGGAAUCAUGGUGGCCAUCCUCAUCAACACCAUCAGCAUGGGCAUCGAGCACCAUGAGCAGCCAGACGAGCUCACUAAUGUUCUGGAGAUCUGUAAUAUCGUCUUCACCAGUAUGUUUGCUCUGGAGAUGAUCCUGAAGCUCACGGCGUUCGGUGGCUUUCAGUACCUGCGCAAUCCCUACAACAUCUUUGAUGGAAUCAUCGUCAUCAUCAGUGUGUGUGAGAUCGUGGGUCAGUCUGACGGUGGUCUGUCGGUGCUGAGGACGUUCCGGUUGUUGCGUGUGUUAAAGCUGGUUCGGUUCAUGCCGGCGCUGCGCAGACAACUGGUGGUUCUGAUGAAGACUAUGGACAACGUGGCCACGUUCUGCAUGCUCCUCAUGCUCUUCAUCUUCAUCUUCAGUAUCCUGGGAAUGCAUAUAUUCGGCUGUAAGUUCAGUCUGAAGACCGACACUGGAGACACAGUCCCAGACCGGAAGAACUUUGACUCUCUGCUGUGGGCGAUCGUCACUGUGUUUCAGAUCCUGACGCAGGAGGACUGGAAUGUGGUGCUGUAUAACGGCAUGGCCUCCACGUCUCCUCUGGCCGCUCUGUAUUUCGUGGCUCUGAUGACGUUCGGGAACUAUGUGCUGUUUAACCUCCUGGUGGCCAUUCUGGUGGAGGGCUUUCAGGCCGAGGGUGAUGCCAAUCACUCGUUCUCUGAUGAUGAAGAUGAUGACGAGGAGGGAUCUUCCGCUAAAGGAAGUGAACAGCACAAAGACUCACUCACGUUAUCCGAAAAGCCUCCCUCUCUCACUGCGAACGGGCAUCUGGAUCUGGAGCCGCUGGCCGAGGAAAAGACCAGGAGCAGCUUCUCUGAGGAAAACCACCGGAGGAGGACAAUCUGCCUGGGCAGGAGAUCCUCCUCUCUACGCCACAGCCGCAGUUCCCAGUACCACCACUGGGGGCGUCCUCCCGCUCACCCGUCCUGGAGCCGCCGGUGCAGCUGGAACAGUGGAGGCCCGAGGGCCGGGGGGGGCAUCGGGGGCAGUUUGCGUGUGCGCAGUGUUCACUCUCACCCCGCGGAGCAUGAGUCUCUCCUGCCCCCCCCACCCUCCCUGUCCCGCCGGGCCCGUCUCUCUCUCUCUCUCUCGCUCGAGCUGCCCGAGGUUCUGCAGCGCCCCCCUCUGGCCCGGAUGAAGAGCGAGGUCCUGCAGCGCCCCCCUCUGGCCCGGAUGAAGAGCGAGGUCCUGCUGCGCCCCCCUCUGGCCCGGAUGAAGAGCGAGGUCCUGCUGCGCCCCCCUCUGGCCCGGAUGAAGAGCGAGGUCCUGCUGCGCCCCCCUCUGGCCCGGAUGAAGAGCGAGUCUGCUGAACACCAGGACUGUAAUGGGAAGACCCCUGGCCCUCAGGGGCCACUGCUGGGAGAGAUUUAUCCACAGCUCAACGCACGCAAGGACAAGAACAACCUGGAGGAAGACACUGACUAUAGCCUGUGUUUCCGUAUCCAGAAGAUGAUGGAGGUUUAUCGUCCAGACUGGUGUGAGAAGAGGGAGGAUUGGUCCAUUUACUUAUUUUCCCCGCAUAACAAGUUUCGUCUGAUGUGUCAGACUAUCAUCGCUCAUAAGCUCUUUUGACUAUGUGGUUCUUGCUUUCAUCUUCCUCAACUGUAUCACAGUGGCUCUGGAGAGACCCAGAAUCCACCAGGGCA